AUGGCGAGUACCAGCCCUCCAGUGGAGCUCUCCACCGUCGAGAGCGCCAAGCGGAAGGCAGCCUUCAAAGCGGUCGAGGAUCACUUCACAUCUGAUAUGCGCUUCGUCGGAAUCGGCUCAGGAAGCACAAUAGUCUAUGGUGUCGAAGCCAUCGCCGCACACCUCAAAGCCCACCCUCCACCACCAAGCCACAUGAACUGGUUCGUCCCCACUGGCUGGAACUCCCGAAAAGUGAUCGAAGCCGCGGGACUCACACCGAUAGCCUUUGAUUCUCUCCCCAGCGAUGCGAUGCUCGAAGUGGCCUUUGACGGCGCGGACGAGGUGGACGAGGAGCUGAAUUGCAUCAAAGGUGGUGGGGCCUGUCUGUUCCAAGAAAAACUGGUCGCAUGCCGGGCCAAGAAAUUCAUAUGCAUUGCCGAUUACCGCAAGAAUCAGAAGCGGCUGUGCACUGUCUGGCCGACGAUUCCAAUCGAAAUCGCACCCAUCGCACACGCGAGUGUGAUUCGAGAGUUGAAAUUAUUGGGAAGUCCGAAGCCAAUUGUGAGAGAGCACACGCUGGCCAAGACUGGUCCUGUACAGACGGAUCAGAGCUUCUACAUCAUCGACGCACCGUUCAAACAGCUGUUGACGGAGAAGGAUGUGGCCAACGGAGCGGACGGAAGCGGCAAGGAUGGUGUUUACGAUGUCAAUACGCUGGCAAAGCGGAUCAAAGCGAUCAAUGGUGUGCUGGAGGUUGGUCUCUUCCAUGGACAGAAUGGAAUUCAGACACAGAAGGCAGGGAUGCAAGGUGGUCAGAAGCCGGUGGCAGUCUACUUUGGGUUGGAGAACGGCGAGGUGAUGGUUUCCAAGGCUGCUGAGUUGACGAGAUGA